GCGGCGGCAUGGCGGAGAGCGAGGCCGAGACCCCCAGCACCCCGGGCGAGUUCGAGAGCAAGUACUUCGAGUUCCACGGCGUGCGGCUGCCGCCCUUCUGCCGCGGGAAGAUGGAGGAGAUCGCCAACUUCCCGGUGCGGCCCAGCGACGUGUGGAUCGUCACCUACCCCAAGUCCGGCACAAGCUUGCUGCAGGAGGUGGUCUACUUGGUGAGCCAGGGGGCCGACCCUGAUGAAAUUGGCUUGAUGAACAUUGAUGAGCAGCUCCCGGUCUUGGAGUACCCGCAGCCGGGCCUGGACAUCAUCAAGGAGCUGACGUCUCCCCGCCUCAUCAAAAGCCACCUUCCCUACCGCUUCCUGCCCUCUGAUCUCCACAACGGCGAUUCUAAGGUCAUAUACAUGGCUCGGAACCCCAAGGACCUGGUGGUGUCCUACUACCAGUUCCACCGCUCCCUGCGGACCAUGAGCUACCGAGGCACCUUCCAGGAGUUCUGCCGGCGAUUUAUGAACGACAAGCUAGGCUAUGGCUCCUGGUUUGAGCACGUGCAGGAGUUCUGGGAGCACCGCAUGGACUCGAAUGUGCUUUUCCUCAAGUAUGAAGACAUGCACCGGGACCUGGUGACGAUGGUGGAGCAGCUGGCCAGAUUCCUGGGGGUGUCCUGUGACAAGGCGCAGCUGGAGGCCCUGAGCGAGCACUGCCACCAGCUAGUGGACCAGUGCUGCAACGCCGAGGCCCUGCCAGUGGGCCGGGGAAGAGUCGGGCUGUGGAAGGACAUCUUCACCGUCUCCAUGAACGAGAAGUUUGACUUGGUGUAUAAACAGAAGAUGGGAAAGUGUGACCUCACGUUUGACUUUUAUUUAUAAUAACAGCAACAGCAAACUUGCAUGCUCACAAUACCCAGACACUCUACUAGCUAAAAGUCCCGUAUGCACUCAUUUGUUCCCUGCUGGACGAACUCCGGAAGCAGUGAGGCCUGGGGGAGGGAGGGAAGCAGCCGAGACGCCGGAGGGAGAGGGGCCCUGCUUCCGACCCACAGCAGCUGUCUUGCCUUGGGGAUUGGAAGUCUCUACAUGUCUGAUUACAAACGUGGUAAAGAGCGCAGUUCUGAUGGCCCGUAUCAUCAGUAUAAAGUCUGUAACAUAUGCAGCUAGAAUGUCUACCUUUUACAACCCCACAUUAUUUAUUGUAUUUUAUAGAGCUUUUCACUGGAAAUCUAAAUAAAUGUCAGUAAACCAAAUAAAAGUUCAUUUCCGAGGGGACUCAGGAGCGAGCCACACCCGAAUGGUAGAGAGAUCUCAGGGCUGACUCUUUUAUUUUUGUAGUUUUGUUCUGCAAGGCACAGACCUUCUGUUCUCACGUGGCCCGGGAUGUGGGUGAGGACACAGGAUGAGUAGGGUGGGGGGCGCUGGUUCCUUUUGAUGAGUUCAGUUCUUUGUAACCUUCCUGAACAAAGCAGAGACUGCCCGCUAGGCAUUUGCAGAAAGGACACCCCUCUGGCGACUCCCAGCGGGCGGCCUCAAAGGCCCAGUCCCGAGGAACCUGUGGAACAUUCCCUGAGGGAACCUGUCCGGUGAGGCCAGCACACGGGCUCUAAUGCAGUGACCGAAGAAGCUGCCCCUGAGCCUGUGCGGAAUCUGAGUUCUCAUUCCGCUCGAGCUCUUCUUCCCUGAGGCAGAAACCCAUUUCUGCAGGCAAGCAGAUGCUUGACAGUAAGUUCCUGAGACUUGAUCACCAUUCGGUGUUUCCGUCUGUACCUGCGGCUCUUGGCCACGGGAGAACCAUUUGGCGGGUGUGACGCCCUCUUUCGCUCGGACUGGUUGGCCAUCUUACCUUUGUACCUCGGUGUACCUGAGGGAGCAGAGGGGGUGUCUUAACCUUGCUCCACUGUGUGGCCCCCAUUUGGCUGGAGAAGCAUCGAGACCCGGCCAGGUAGCAGCAGGGCCGGCAGCUAGUUCAGAUGCGUGUCGCCGCGCUGGUGGGACUGGUGUUGUCCUGGAUCUUUACGUGGCGGGAGGGUCGCCGCUGUGUGAGGGUCUCCGUGCUGCGUUGCUGUCUUGGAAAAGGUGCGGAAACGCGCCCGUGUUUUAUUUGUAAAGGAGCAGCUUGAACAGGGCAGGUGGCAUGCAGCAUCGCAUGGUGGGCUUGGCAGCACCUUUUCUGUGUAUCUGUCAGGGAGGCUGCUUUCUGUGAAAUUUCUUUUCUAUUUUUCUAUUUUUAGUACUGUAUGGAUAUUACUGAGCACCACACAUGAUACGUCUGUGCUUGCUUGCAUCUUUAAUAAA